GAAAAAACAAAAAGAUAGAGAGAGGAGAAGAUGAAGGGCACUUUACUACUUUUUUAUGUUGCACGCAUCCAUGGCAGAAAUCAGAAGGAAAAUAAGAGUAGUAUUACAAGGGAAACAAGAAGAAGAGAAGAAGAAAAUAGCUAAGCCAAAUUCUUGCUAACAUCAAAAACCCUUUUUAACUUUUCUCCAUCUCAACAAUCUUGGCUUAGCUAUUUGGUCUUAUUGUUGUCUUAAGAAGAGUAAAUGAUUGUAUAUGAAUGAGGUGGGUGUCCUUAGAUGGACAUCUCCAGUUUGAUGCAUUAAUUUUGUUUCUUCUAGGUCUAUCAAAUCUUUUGAUUUGUGGGUGUACUUUAGAUGAAGGGGAUGCCCUUACCCUUUGAAUUUGAGGGGAAGGGGGUGUUAGAAUUAGACGUUUUGUUCAAUAAAAAUAGUAUCUUGAAUUCUUGGAAUAACCACAAUAGCAGCAAAGAAAGUAGUAGUUGUUGUUACUUUGUAAAUAGUCCAAGUGCUGUCCUGGAUACUAUAAGGAGUCCAAGGCCUAUUAAUUCCUCUUCAACCCUGUCUUCAUCUUUGGGUGGUGGUGGUGGUGGUGGUGGAGGCACUGCUUCCACAGACACUGCAGGAGGCGGAGGUGUGGCGGCAGUUUCUGCAAACCCAUCUUCUAAAUGGCAGCAGCAAGACAAUACUACUGCUACAAGCUCCAAUGUGGGAGCUGAAUCUGAGCUUCAACAAGUUCAACCCCCAUCUUCUCUUGAGAUGGGUGCUGCUUCUGCAGCUGCUGCCACAGGAGGGGAGAAAUGUGCUAUGGAGGAGUGGGAAGGAGGGUUAUCAGAGUCUGUAAUGGCUUCACCUUGCCAAGAACAGUCUAUACUAAGGUGGAUCAUGGGAGAUGUGGAUGACCCUUCCAUGGCUAACUUGAACAAGGUUUUGCAGGUUAGUGGUACAGGGGACUAUGAAUUCAAUGGAGGAUUUGGGGUUGUGGAUCAAGGUUUUGGUGUAGACCCAGUUGGCCAAAUUGGUAGUUUUAUGCCUGCAAUUAGCUCAAGUUCAAGUUUUCCUACCAACAGAAUGAGCAGUGACAAGAUUGGUUUGGUCUCUAACCCACCCACAAAUCUCCCUCAAAAUCCAAUCUUUCCUUCUUUGUCUAACAAUCUUGGGCCAAUUGCUUUCGGCCAGACACAGCAACAGCCGUUUGAGAGCACAGAUUUGAAGCCUCAUAGUUUCAAUUCACAGUUCUUGAUAAACCAGCACCAAACACAGAUUCCUCAGAACCCAUCGUUUCUUUUGCCACUACCAUUUGCACAACAUGAACAAAAUCUUGUCUUGCCACCGCAGGCGAAACGACACAACCCCGGGACCAUGGGAGGGCUUGAACCAGGCUCUCAGAUCUCCAAAGGAUUGUUUUUAGAUGCAGGGCACCAGCAGCCAACACCAUCUCAGGGGCUUGCUCAUCAGCUCCAGCUACUUCCCCAUUUUAGGCCAGGAGCAAUGGGGACAAAGCCAAAGAUGGUGGGGGAAGAAAUGGGUCAGUUUCAUCAACUACAACAACAGCAGCAGCAGCAACAACAAGCGAUUAUUGACCAGCUAUUCAAAGCUGCAGAGCUGGUCCAGACGGGGAAUCCGGUACUCGCGCAAGGGAUAUUGGCGCGGCUCAAUCACCAGCUCUCUCCAAUUGGUAAGCCUUUCUAUAGGGCUGCUUUUUAUUGCAAGGAAGCUUUACAAUUGCUACUCCAUGCCAACACCAACAACUUGAACCCAUCUAUGGCCUCUUCGCCUUUUAGUCUCAUUUUCAAGAUUGGUGCCUAUAAGUCCUUCUCUGAGAUCUCACCAGUUGCACAGUUUGCUAAUUUUACUUGUAACCAAGCCCUGCUUGAGGUCUUGGAUGGGUUUGAAAGAAUUCAUAUUGUAGAUUUCGAUAUCGGUUAUGGCGGGCAAUGGGCCUCCCUUAUGCAAGAGCUUGCCUUGAGAAGUGGUGGCGCACCUACUCUGAAAAUAACUGCAUUAGCCUCACCAUCCACACAUGACCAGCUAGAGCUUGGACUCACCAGAGAAAAUUUGAUCCAUUUUGCUAGUGAAAUCAAUAUGGCAUUUGAGUUUGAAAUUUUAAGCAUUGAUUCUUUAAAUUCAACGUCAUGGUCACUGCCUCCUUUAGUCUCAGAGAAUGAGGCAAUUGCUGUCAAUCUUCCAGUUAGCUCGCUUUCGAGCUAUCAGUUGUCCCUUCCAUUGGUUCUUCGUUUUGUGAAGCAGUUGUCACCUAGGAUUGUGGUAUCUGUGGACAGAGGUUGUGACCGGACUGACCUACCAUUUCCAAACCAUGUAAUCCAAGCCCUUCAAUCCUACUCAAACCUUCUUGAGUCACUUGAUGCUGUAAAUGUGAAUUUUGAUGCCCUCCAAAAGAUUGAAAGGUUCUUGCUCCAACCAGGAAUUGAAAGAAUUGUAAUGGGUCGUUUUCGUUCCCCUGAAAAGACGCAGCAUUGGAGGUCACUGUUUUUGUCAUCUGGAUUCUCGCCAUUAUCUCUCAGCAAUUUUACAGAAUCACAGGCCGAGUGUGUAGUCAAGAGGACUCCUGUUCGAGGUUUCCAUGUGGAGAAGAGGCAGUCUUCACUUGUUCUCUGCUGGCAGCGGAAGGAGCUCAUCUCAGCUUCAGCUUGGAGGUGCUGAGGAGCAGGAAUUAAAUUUGCAGUUUCUAACCAACCAUGAAAAAGAAGGUGCUGCAUAAGUCACAAUCACUGUUUUAGUAUCUGAACCUUUCAAUUUUUGUUGCCCGCAAUUUUUAUUUGCUAAUUUCCUGUGGCGUAGGCAGAUUGUUUCGGCAUUAUAAGAAGAAUCAGUCAUUCUGUUAACUGUUCUGCUAUAGUUCCUUAUAUCAGGGUCUAUGUUAAUUAUGGUAUUACUAUUAUGGUGCUCUAUGAUUUUCUGGAGGUAGGCCUUUGCUGCUUCUAGUUAUGCCGAGAACCUUGUUGUAAUCUUGACAACAUUACAAAACCAGAAAUUAAAAAAGAUGGAAUUUUAGCCCAUUUCA